UUGAGAACAAAGCAAACAGUUAGUAUGGCAUCAGCAAGCUCCUCGCAGUCCACAUUCAGACUGGGCCGCAGCAAGAAGAGCCCGACCGUUAUGGAUCAGAUCGGAAAGUUCUUUGGAGGAGAAAAGAAGAGGAAGGGAAAGGGCUCUUUCCGUGGUGCUCUCUCCGCCUCACCUCAGAGAUCGAGCUCAUCACCUCGACGCCAGACGGAUGAGAAUGCUGUCAUGCAUUUUUUCAGAACCAUUUUUCUUUUCUCCAAUCAGGCUUCACCUUCUACAACCAAAUCUAGGGGAGAGCAGAAGUCACAGAGCUCGGCAAAAGGUAAAAAAGGACGUGGAGACAGUCAAGGCACUUUAACCAGGAUCUUCAAAAUGGGAGGAAGCCAGUCUGCCUCAUCUACCAAGCGUUGAAGACCCAGUGCCUUUUCCCCAUUUAAUAAUUAGGAGGAAAGGAAGAAGGAUGAAAAAAUACCAAUUUGUCUUUUCUUAUUUUUCUAAUUUAGUAACAAAGACUUGAAUAGGCUUUUGCAUUGAUUGAUAUGUGACAAUACAAUCUGUGUCCUGAGACUUAGUAUUCCUGUUUAGUCUUGUCAGAGUUGUACUAACACUGUGUGUAAUCUUUGGUGAGUUGCUGUCUGAUUGAACUAACUAGUCACUGAUAAUGAAGCUGAGUCAGUUUGAGCUCCUCUCAGGACUGGUUAGGUCAGCAGCCAUAUGUCUAUAAAUGUUUCUGUCUUGUCUCUGUAGUGCUCAAAAAUACUUAACUGUGCAAAGCUUUAGUGUGGCCAGUAUCUCUCUCAGUAUUUUGUUUAUUAGAUCCCAAUAAUUUUUUCUACAUGGCUUACACGCUUCAUUUCUCUAUGAGCACUCUUACCAGAACAAAAUGUUGUAUAAGAUGCCAAGAUGUGCACCGCAUAUCCUAUAGUCUGUUGAACAUAUGUCAUGUGUGUCCUUGUAUUAUUGACAGACUUCCCUAACUGGCUUUUUCAACAUUAUGGGAAUUUUUAUCUGGAGAUUGCGUCUUAAUUUAGUAGCAGAAAAACCUGGCAGCGUGUUUUAAAGAUUAGACUAGGCUAUAUGUUUCAGGCCCUGUGCUAAUCAUUCAUUUGAGCCGACAUUUUCAUUAGGGAUCAAAAGCCAUAAAACCACAAACAAAAAAAAAAGAUGUCUCAUACAAACUAAAACAUACUAUAUGUUGUUUAUGUUGAUGUUACAGCAGUAUCACUAAUAGGUGGCAACAAUUAAAAGUGGGAAAAAA